AUGGACACUUAUGCUGUAGAUUCGGCGAAAACGCUCUGCAGCUACGAAACACAGGCCCAGCGGCCUCCGCGCAGCGAGCUAUACUAUAAUAUCGCCAUGAUCCAGGGAGCGAUGUCGCGCUCGGGCACGAUAUCUUCUGAAAGGUCACACCCUAGUCAACCUGGCCCAGCGAUAUUCAUGCGGCGACGACAUUGCAUCCGCGUUGUUCGCACGGUGGUGGUUGUCGUCCAGUGCUCCAUUUGGUGUCAAGCUCAAGUCGCAGCUGCAGAUUGCUGGAUCGGCUCCAAUGGGAAGGAGAUCUGCAACACGGACCCGACAGGCUUGAGAGCGACGUGGUGGUUCUUCUUCGUGCUGCUGUUGUUUGCGGGUGUUGCAACGGGGUGCUUCGACGCAGACUGGGGGCUCUGUGGGUCAAAGGAUAACAAUGAGCUGGAGGCAGGUCAGGACACCGGUAUAUCACGUCUUGAAAACGGACUACCAAACGAAGAAAGAGGCCUGAGCGUAUCGUUAGUGCAGCCACUGCUGGGCGGACGCGAAGCCGACAAAAUGCAACAUCAAGCUACCCCGUCACCACCAAAACCGGUGUAUCGCUACUUCGAUCCUUAG